GGCUACAGUCGCACGCUUUGCUCGCUCCAGGCCUCCAGGCCGCGCACCCCCCCCCAGGCCACACGCUCGCCCCAAUCGCCCGCAGGGGCGCGCUGCUUCCCCUUCCCCAACACCCCCUCUUCCACUGCGCUCAGAUGCCCCCACCGCUAGGCCGCGCCCUCCCCGCACCCCCCGGGUGCCCUCCAGGAUCGGGGCUCUCUUCGCUCCGGGAGCAAGGUGUCUUAUGCUGAUGUGCGCCCGGCCCGUGCGCCUUGCCACCUGCCCUGGCCAGUGAAACUCUCGUGCCCGUCCCCGGGAAGUUCGUGGGUCACGCUCCGAGGCGGGGAGAAGGAGCAGAGCCUGCCCUUGGCAUCCAGCGGGGCAGUGCUGGCCGCCGGAGCAUCUUCCCUCUUUCCUCUGGCCCCAGCCCUGCUCUUUAAUUCUUCAGCCCUUUCCACUGAGGACAUUCUUAUCUGCCGGCUAAGAUAUAAUAUUACCACUUGGAAGCCCAUCGUGGCCCUGGCAACUUGAAGCGACCGGGCACGAGACAGAAAGAGGACACUUGUACAGUGCAGAGGUUCCCACCUGCCUAGGAACCUCCCUGGUUCUCGGUAAACUUCAGAAAAGUGUUUACUUCCUAGCUGAGUUUAACAUGUUGCUCUUGGCUCUCAAAAAGGACGAAUGCAGAAAAGGUACAGAAAUCAGCAGUAAAAAUGGUAAAAUUAUUUUUGUUACUUGGAGCCAAAGAACAGUAGUGAUGUUUAAGGACUAAGAACUCUAAAAGCAAAUGAAAUUAAAUGAUAAGAUUGGACCAUGACACAAACUAGCAGUCUGAAGUUUAUUCCUGGAAAAAGGUUGAAAACCCCUUGACUAGAAGCAUGGUCUUUAUGAAAGAUUAGAGGGAGAUUAGUAUCUUAACAUUUGUGAUGUAUUUUUUACUUUACUUAAGUAUCUAAGUAUCUUGAUACCUGUAACCCCUUUUUCGCUUCAGACGUCUCUGUGCUAAGAUAGAUAGUAUUGUCCUGUUUUAUAAGUGAAGUACCUGAGGGAGGUGGUGGUGGGAAUUACGUAUAUUGCCUGAUGCCUCGUACAUUGAUAGUGGGGGACUUGAGCCUGGGUCGCUCAAGUCAUUUCUGCACUCCUUCCCCUGGACCAGAACCACAUUAUGGGACUCAGAUGUAGGAAAGAGGGAGCAGUGUUUGGUGUGGUAUUUAUGCUCUUAAUGUGAGAAGACACUUAGAAGGUGCUCAUCUUGCUUAAGAUGCAUUCAGAUUUACUCUUGGUUUUUUAAAGUAAUGUCAAAGUUAGUUUCUUUGGUUCAGUGAUAGCAGACCUCUAAGAUGUUCAGACACCUUUAGGACAUCCUCAUUUAUUUUGAAGGGUGUGGUGAACUUCUCAGAAGGUCUCAAAAUAAAAGUUGUAGUCUCUGACUUUAAUUUUAGAAAUAAGAACCCAGGUAUAUGUUUCAGCACUUUUGUGAAAUCAGACAGCAGUAAGCCGCUAAGUUUUAGGCUGUCUCCUGAGUGUUUUCAGAUGAUAAGGAGGAGUUCUAAAGGGGUUUUUUGCCCCUGGUAUUGUCUGUUAGAGUUUGUGGGAGUGGCACCAUUGACAGAGACCCUGCCAGAUGAGCCUUCAUCUAUUAAACAAAAAUGUCUGGCCAGGCUGUUUCGCCUCAACAGAUGGAGAUUUGGUUCCUCAUUUUGAUUCUCCUGUUGAACAUUGCCUCCUUUGUGAUCUGCUUGGAGUGUUUGUGUAUCAUUUCAUGCUGAGAAGUGGACUUGCCCUGAUUGGCUGUCCAACCCUAGGCAACUGUUGUGAUUUUUUUUUGGUGAGUGAUAACAGUCCAUCCAUGACCUGAGUCUAGUGAGAGAUCUGUAGAAAUGUGAGAGGUGAAGCUUCAUCUAGGGCUGUUUUCUUCCUUGUUGGCACCCUCUUAAGAGUGUUCUGUCCCUUUGGCCUAUGAAGUCACUUUUAGUUUCCUAUUUUUUUCCUGUUUCAAUGGAUACCACAUGGGCUUUCCUGACAGGCCUAGCCACCUUGAUGAAGAGCUGACAGAUUCACAUUGGUUGACUUGACAGAUGUACUUGCUUGGGGAAACGUUAAAAAAUCUUAAAACCUAAUUCAUUGCUAAAGAACAAGUAUAAGCUUCAUACACAAUCAGGCAGCAUAUUUCUACCAAGGCUUCCAUCAUCUCAAAGCUGUUUUUUUUUUUUUUCCUGGCAAAAGGUUAAAAUGCAACUAAAAUUCUGCUUUCAUGAUUAAUAAGUCACUACCGCAGUUGUGUCUGAUGCUUCCUGUUUGCCCCAUUUUAGUGUUUCAGUUAAACUGGAGACAUCGGAGCAUUAUGGGCACUUUUGACGGCACCAGCAUGAAAUUGACAUGGGGGGAAAAUCUGUGUCAGUGGAUUAUUGGGAAUUGUAAGGAUAAGCCAGCCCCUCUGGCCUUGGAACACCAAGGUCCCUAGUAAGGGAAAGGAGUGCAGCUGAGCAGCUCCAAGGGGUAGCGUGAACACGUAAAAUGAUGCACGUGUGAAGGCUUUGCAUGUACUUGGUGCUGCUGACUGAAAUGUCGAAAGCAGUAGAUGAGAAAUGGAAGGCCAGACAUAGGGCAAGUUGUGUAGGAGAUCAUUUCAGUUGAGCUGGUGGGACAUUGAAGUCUGUUAGAUAUGGGGUCUUAAGUUCUGGGCUUGUCUUAUCACCUGAGAGUGACAAUGCCAAGAAAAGUAAUUUUUCUUUAGUGGCCUGUGCUUUCUUUGUAUUCAAGUUUAAAGAGUCCUCUUCUUUCUUGCUAUUUUAUACCCUUUAAUUAUCCUCCUGAUAUAAAUCCUCUGAAAUUAUAUGGCAUCAAGAGUAAUAGUAUUUGGGAGCUAUUUUUGUAUUUUCUCACAAUACUCGUAUAAAGAAAGGCAGGAACAAAGAUUGGAAAAGUGAAGCCUGAAAAAGAUAAAGUGGACCAGAUUACUCAGAAAAUCAGUGUCAUGCCCGUAAUUUGAACCCACUUUUGUUGACAUCUGUUGCUGCUGUUUUUGUUGUUACUAGUUGCCAUUGAGUCAACUCCAACUCAUGGUGACCUUAUGUAUAACAAAACGUUGCAUGAUCCUAUGCCAUCUUCAUGAUGAUUGGUAUGCUUGAGUUCAUUCUUGUGGCUUUUGUGUCAGUCUAUGUCAUUGAGAGUUUCCCUCAUUUUCGCUGACCUUCUACUUUACCAAACAUGAUGUCCUUUUCUAGUCUUGACACCUAGUUCACUGCUUUUUCUACUAACUUAUCCAUGAAAGGACAGGAAGGAUAGAGCUUUUUUUUUAUUGCCCCCGAACAUGUCAAUUUUGAACGUAACUAUACCAGGGUAGUUGCUUUUAUUAAUGAGUAGAGAUGAAAGAUGAAUAGUAUAUCUCAUGAUAUUUUUAACAUAAGCAGGGUGGACAGGUCUGCUUAUCCCCAUUUUAGAGAUGUAGGAACUGAGGCAGAGAGGCCAAGUGCUUUGCCCAGAGCAGUAGAGCAAGUCUAUGGUGUCCUCAUAUCAAAUGUGGUGGUUUAGGCUGUCAGGUCAGACAGACCCAGGUCAAGUCCAGGCUCUGCAACUAUCUGGCUUUGCGACCUCAGGCAAAUGAUUCCCCUCUCUAAGCAUUGGGUGCCUCAUCUGUCAAUGGGGUCAGAAAUACUUCAUGGGAUUGUUUGGAGUAGAAAAUGAGAGAAUAAAGUGGUGAGCUCAGUGCAUGGCAUAGGAUAAGCCUCAGAACAUGAUGGCCGUUAAUGUUGUUGUUGUUGUUAGUAGUCCUAGUAGCAGUAGUAGUACUGUAGUUACCAAUUACCACAUUGACUAGACCUCUGUUUUCUGUGAGAUAAUGUCAGGAAGGGUCAGACUACCUGAGAGGUCUAAGAGUCAUUUUCUGAGGACCUUUCUUCCAGGAGGGCAUUUCUCCAGUCUAGAGGUCUUGGCAUUGGGCACUCCUUGUCUUAACACUAACUACACUUGGAUACUGCCCUCACUACACUCCAAAUAAGCCUAAAAAGGCCUGGGCUCCGCCUGGUCAGUGUUGUGAUCCUAAACUAGGGGCACCCCUUAGGACCUCCCAAAACUCUGAGCCAGAAGUCACAGUGGGCCUUUCUAGAGGCUGCCUUAUGCCCACGUGUGGUGAAGUAGGUCCCACUCUGCGGGUGAAAAAAAGGGAAAAUACUGUGUAGAAUGUAAGUCUGCAAGGACUUAUUCUUCUUUGGGCGAUUAGGGGGGAAGGUUCCCACCAACACAUAGCACCCCCAGCUCAUGCCCUUUCUGUCUUACAAAUAUAUCUUUGUCAGCUUCUCUCUAGUACCGUGUUUGGGGGCUCUGGAUCUGCAGUCAGGAACUUGCAGAUUUCCCUUGAAAUUGUACAAGAAAAAAAACCAGUUUCAUAUUAGGUUUUGGAUUCUUUUUUCCCUUUCUUAAUACAAAACAAAAAUAUAGGACCCCACCAGGCUGACGUUCCCUUUAAAUAACAUUUUGUUUUCUCUUGGGGAAGCUGUCUUGAUGGUCGAGGAGUCAUUUCUAAAGUGAACCUAGUUUUUAGAAAAAAUAGAUCACCGGAUGUCAAGCCUCCUGUGGAGCUCAGUACAGAUGAAAAUGAAACCUGCCAGCCUGAGUGGCAGCUCGCCCUUGACUUCAGGCAGGAGGUGACAGGCAGAGUGCGUUUGGACCCAGCUCAGUAACUAGUCGGUUCCCCAGACACAUUUGGUAGGUACCAUAGUCAUUUUCCAGGCAGCUUUGCUUAGGUGAGCAGAACAUUUUCUCUGGAAGGUGAGUCACCCAUGCAGGGGUGUAGAUGACAGGCACAUUUAGUUGCCAGCACAGUUGUAGAGGAAGUUCUAAGCAGACUGUGUUGAAAAACUCUCCACCAAGGAUCAGUCUCACUCCAGGCCAAGAGCUUGAGAGACAGGGAUAAGGAAGCAACUGAGAGGUCUCCAGGGCUGGCUGACUGACGGAGAGAUGGACCGCCUGGUGGGGGUAGUGUGGCUAGGGCACAGAGCCCAGAUCAGCAGACAUUGCACUCCUGAGUCCAGCCACCUUGACUGUGGAAAAUGGCCCACUUCCAGUGACAGUCAGCAAAGAAGCAGAGGGGAGCUUUGGCCUCGGGGAGCUGGGAAAUCCCUUGGCAGAGAGCAGAGAGAUAUAAGCCGUACUUUGGUAUGAAAGACCGGUUGGGUUGGGGAACCCUUUUCUACCCGCCUUCUCUUUGCCCACCUGAGUUGGAGCCUCUGAAGACUGCAUUAAAUCUGAAGGCUAGAUUAAACCCUGGGUUUCAGGAAGCUCUGUAAUUCCAAGCCUGCCACCACCUCAGUUGUCUACACUUCUAGGACCGGAAGUGGACUCAGAAGGAAGCAGCAGGGGGAACUCAUGGGCCAUUUCUUCCUCCCAAUUUCUGGUUACUAAGGCCUUCUGCUGACCCUGUGACCACUAAAGCCUCCUCAAGUAUCCUUCAAGGCAGGAAUCUUGUUUAGAGACUGCUCUAGACCAGUAUGGUUUGGGUUGGGCUGGAGGGUUGAUAGACAAGAACAUCUAUAAGCAACGCCGCGGAUCACCCACAUGAGCUUGACUUUAUUGAAGGUGCAGGGGAGGAACUAUUAAGACCUUGCAAGUGAUCUUGUUUCCCAUAUCAGCCACACACUCCCUCCACCCCCAAUAUCCACACCCCAUCACUUUGGAUUAGCCAUCCAGUGGCUUCAGGCUGACAUGGCUAAAUGACCUGAGACCUUAACUGCUUUGUCAGGAAAGAACUAUUAGAAGUGCAGAUUGAUGUCACAUUGUGGGGAUUGCAACCAGUGUCACAAAAUAAUAUGUGUAUAAAUUUUUGAAUGAGAAAUUAACUUGAGCUGUAAACUUUCACUUAAAGCACAAUUAAAAAAAAAAAAUUACAGCCUUGGAAACCCUAUGGGGGAGUUCUGCUGUGUCCUAUAGGGUCAGUAUGAGUUGGAAUCAACUCGGCAGCAACGGGUUUUUUGUUUAUGUAUCCAUAUUUUUUUAAGAGCCCUAGCGGCACAGUGGUUAAGAGCUUGGCUGCUAACCAAAAGGUUGGCGGUUCAAAUCUACCAGCCGCUCCUUGGAAACCCAAUGGGACAGUUCUACUCUGUCCUGUAAGGUCGGAAUUGACUUGACGGCAACGGGUUUGGUGUUUUUUGUUUUGUUUUGUUUUGUUUUUUGUAUAUAUCCAUAAACGCAUGUGGUAUUGUUUUGCAUACUUUUAAACUUAUGUAAAUAACAUCAUGCUGUUAAAAAAAAAAAAAGUACGUAUUGGAAAUGAUCAUUAGUGUUUGUACGCUCCCUUAUUUUACAAAAUAGCAACUGGUGGCCUAAGGGAGCUGAGUGAGUUGUUGAAGGCCACACAGCUAGUUAAUGGCAGAGCCUGAUCUAAAACCCAGGCUUCUUUCUCUGUGUUUUGCUGCCGCUGCACAAAGGAACUACUCCUGGUGUAGGAAUUUUAUUUCUUAACUAGCUCCUCCUUUUAUUCCCCUACCCUGAACCCCUUACUCUCAGCCUUUCUCCAAGCCAAGCUCUACCAGGCCUGGGCAGGGUGGAGCCUGAGCAGCAGCUGCUCUGGGUCUAAGAAAAAGUAAACAGAAAGCUGUUUGUUUGAUGCCGUCUUGCACCACGAAGUUUAUAUAACCAAAAGGAGGUCAAGGUUGAAAAGAAAAUACAAUUCUGGGCAGGAUUACUUAGACGUCUCAGAGGUUGCCUACACCUUUAGAGCACUUACCUACCUUGCCAAAGAGUAGCUUACCCAAAGUGUGGGCUCAGUAAAUAUUAACGAUUGAUUGUGAGGGUACAAACCUACUUGAGCACCAAGAAGCUUCUGUAUCUUUAUCUGUGAAGAAGGGGCAUGUUAUGUUGCCCGUGGCAUGCAGUUGGCUAAAAGAGCUGAAUAGUCAGGCAUCAUCCCAGCUGGAUCAGUCCUGCACCUCUCAGUGGAGAGGCUCUUCCUUGUGGGCAAAUACGAUGUCAUAUCUGGAUGGUGGCCCCCUGUAAGUGCAAAGAGCUGUUGUAUCUGAGAUCCACCACCCACUCCACCCACCCUUCUGCUGGCAUUGAAGUUUUCUUUUAUUGGACCAGAAUCGAUCUUCUGGUUGAUACUAGGAAUGGCUGGCAGAUUUAGGAGGAAACAGGGACCUAGCUAGCCUCAAAUGUGGAUGCUAUUACCAAUUAAGAUUAGAAAUGGAGCCCUUUGCCCCAGGAGUUAAUUGGAUGAACCGGGUCACUUGAGCCUAUGCCCAGCAGUCUCAACUGGUGGAUGCUAUACUUUGAGAGAGAGGAAUAGCUUUACCAAGACAAAUGUAAGAAUAGAGUCAUGCACUCCCUACCGUCUAGCACACAGAUGUAAAUCUGAGCCCAAAUGGAUGUUUUCCAAUUCAGAAGGGUAACUUUCUCAAGAAAUUGGAAAUUAUUGGGUCUCUUUACAUAACAUUAUUGACACAGUAGCCAUAACAAUCGACUUAGACAUACCAGUGAUGGUGAAGAUGGCACAGCCAGGAAUGGGCAGCAUUUCGUUCUGUUAUACAUUAGGUUGCCAUGAGUUGGGACCAACUUGACAGCGACUAACAACAGGUCAACCUUUAGGAAAGGGGACCCUAGGAAUGGCUCAGCGGCCAGUUUAUGUGACACCUUCUUGCUGGGGUGCAGUCAGAUAACCAGCCACCAUACUGUGACGCCCCUCCCCUCCAGCUUGCCAGGUGGUUAGACAGUCUGGAUAUUCCUAUCCCAGGCCAACCAGGCACUCAGAACCUGGGACACUUAUUUAUUCCUCAGGAGUGUGUCAGUCAUUUUUUUCAGUCAGUGGACACUUGCCAAGCAUGCCAAAUGUGCCAGGCUCAGCUAGGUGCUAGGAUAUAAAAUAUGGAUGAUUGAGUCACUGCCCUAGAGUUGCUCUUAGGGCAAGGGAAAGAUGGGCACAAAAGCAGGCUCAUUACAGUUCAACCCAGGUGCUAAAUCAUAAACCAUGUCUGUGGGUGCUGAAGAGGAGCAAGGAAGGCACCAUUGCCCAGGGCCCUCCUUUUCCAGCUUGAUCCAGUCCUAAUGUCACAUACAAAGCUGCUCAGACCCUCGGAGGGGAGGAACCUCACCUCCCCAUUCUGCAGGUAUCUGGGUGGGAACACCCUUGGCAUUCCUCUCAUCUUGGGACCUUGUACUACUCUUCAGUUUGAAAUAGGUGCUUUAUAGCAACCUCGAAACUUCAGCACUUGGGGGAAGGAGCUCCGUGAGGGCAAGGGUCUUGUCUGUCUUGGUUGCCGUUGUAUUCCCACUGGCCAGCACAGUGCCAGGAGAAUGGUAGCACUGGAUAAAUAUUUGUCAUUGAUUGAAAAUACAAAACUAGAAUCCAGACUCCUCCUUUCUCUACCCUGUUGGCCUGAGAGAGGGUAAAAGAACCACAAGCUGUUUCAUGGGUUACCCAUCCCUCACCAAGGAAUCCACCUGAGAUCCUCUGAGAAUACUGACAUCGAUGCCACUCGGCCCUGUGCUCUCCUCCUGGGGGUGGGCAGGAAUGUGAACCCUUCAUUGUAAAGGGCCAUGUCAAAUGUAUCCCUACUGCUCAUGUCCUCAAGCUGGUCACUUGAGCCAGUUUGUCAAAGAGUGUAUAUGUAAGGCAGCAUCUGAAAUGAGGCCAUGGUCAGGGUUCCACCGCCAAAGGGUGGAGCCAAACCAGCCAUGUGCUUCCUUCCAUUUACCCUCAUGCAUUGGAAGUCUUCUGUGGAAAGCCGAGUUGUUUGGGUUUCUUGUUUAUUCUGAAGUUCCUCAAACUAGUUCCUCAAUUUCAGAACCAGUCACCAGUGACUACAAUUAACUUGAAGCCUCCUCCCUUAAGGGAGGCUAAGCCUGUCUUUCUUCGUCUUCUCUUAAUACUGGUAGACCCUGCUUGAAGCCAGUCCCACCUGGGAAAGCCUGAUUUAUAAACCAAGACAGGAGGGGGCGGCUCUAUUUCAGGGGCAUUGAACAUAGCCUAAGGAAGUGCUCUUUGCUCAGAAUCCAAUCUGAAAGGUUAACAAGGAGAGUUUUUUUCACAACCAAAACGUAGCUUGUAAUGAUGACCUCAAGGCUUGGCAAGAUCCAGAAGUGAAUUUUGACUCAUCAAAGAAAGCUGGUUGUGUACAGCGUGAUUGUAGAGUUGAGGGCAGUUGACGGCACUGCAGUCUUUGGAAUUGCUAACUGUUGAAUGGUAUACACUGUAGCUGCCACAUAAAGAGAAUAUUCAGUUAAGCCAAAUACCCCAACCUGCAGAUUUCAGAGUGGGACACUUGAAACUUUUCUUAUGUAACAUACAUUUUAAAAAUCCCUUGCUGCUUAUUGUGGAAAACGAAGUGCACAUGUGGUUGAUUCCCCCCCAUUCCCCCACUCCCCCCGUACCCGUGAUACUGCCUUUUCCCCAUGUUCUCCUCCAUACCAACUCCAUGUUGCUUUCUGUAGAUCAGAGAUGGCUCCUGUGGCUUCUUUUCUGUUUACUCUGGCUCUCCUCGUACAAAAACUGGAAAGUUGGAAUGAAAAUGCAUCAUAAUACUUUUCUUUUAAAGUUUAUAUAAUGCCUUACAUCGGGCUUGGGGACAAAGUACUGACCAUAUUUAUGAGGCUAGCAGCUGAUGUUCAAGGCUUUAUUAUAAAAGAACAGUAAAUAAGCUCAAGAAGCUAGGAGCCGGGCUUUACAAAAUGAGUGGUAAAUUGGAUCUUUGUAACAGAAUUAGUCCCUGGCCUGGGCCCUGCUGUGCAUGGGUGGGCUCAGGAACGCAGGUCUGCCACAGUCUUGGUCCCCAUCGCCAUUUUAAAGCUGUUUUUUCCAGAACAUAGGCAGGCUGUGUUCAUGCUUCCUAACUGAGGUGCUUCCUCCUGGGUCAGUACCUGGGUUUCUAAAUAACAAACCUUUGGCUUCUGGCAACUUCUGCAUUUGAGAUCCCAGUUUUUAAAGCUUAGAUCGUAUGAAAGUGCAGACAAUGUAGUGGUUAAGAGUAUGGGCUUCAACAUAAAAGAAUCCCGGGUGCAAAUCCUGUUGCUGUCACUUCCUUGAGGGCUUGCCGACCCUCAGUUUCUUCCUCUAUAUAAAGGGAAUUAUAUCAGUGCCUUGCUCACAGGAUCAUUGAGAAGAUUCCAGAAAUAAUGUAAACACCACCCAAUACAUCCUAAUACAUGGUGAACAAUAAGUGAUAGUUGCCAUUAUUAAAUUAGUUAUUACUGACAUCCAGCGUGUAAUUAUGUAUAUACACAUAGCAGCAGGUUAUUGAAAACACCCAAAGAUGUCCAUGGGACAACUGAUUUCAGCUGUAGCUGCCAAGGAAUUCUGGGUCCCUGCCCAUCAUGCAGCAGCGGUUCGUUCCUCAGGCCGUUCAGCGCUGAGCCUCCACCCGCAGAGAGGCACUGGGUGAGCUGUGCAGAAUGCUCAGUGAAGAAUAUCCUCCCACGUGGGUUGGCCUUUUCUUGCUGACCACUCCUGACCUUCUGCACUCGGGUUCUCCUCCUCCUCCUUUGACAGUGACUCUGUUCCAGAUCUUCCAUUUCACACUAGGACUGCUGGCUAGAAGAUAUGGGACGUGGGUUUCAGCUCUGCACAGGCAAGGACUUUCAAACAAUUUGGACUUCCAAUCACGAAAAGAACUGUUCAUCUUUUAAUAGCAUCCGUAUUACUGGUGGUGCCAUUGACAUUUACAGAGCACCCACUGUGUGCCAGGCACCAUAUUGGGCAUUGAAACAAUUCAUCAUCCUGCAAAACCCUGUUACGUAGGUUUGAGAAUCCCUAUUUUACAUAUGAGACACCUGAGUCUCGUAUUAAGUGAUCUGCCCGCGGUCACAUACCGGAGAGCUGAGAGACUAAGGUUGGAACUCAGAUCUUUUGAUGCCAGGGCCAUCCUAUCCUGUUGUAUAGGCUAGAUGGCUGUUCCUCCGGAUUAAGUGAUAUGUUGGAAUAAAUGACUUCUAAGGGCCCUUCCGAUCCCAAGAUCAUUUUGUGAUUCCUUUGUCAUUUAUCCAUCCAUCCAUUCUCCCCAACUAGAUUAUAAGUACCAUGAUUAAUAUAAUGUUUGGUAACCACGUGUCCUUGAGUGAUAGAUCUUGCCUAAUUCCCUGACAAAGAAAAAAGGAGAAGAGAGAGAUCCCACCAAGAAUUUCACCCAGAAAUUCCAAUUUCAGGGGUUCACCACACCUAGGGUUACUAGUACAAGUGCACAAAGAUGUGAAUAAAGGUGUUUUUUGCAGUACUGCUUACAAGAGUAAAAAAUUGAAGCAAUCGGAAAGUCCAUUCAUAGAGGAAUAGAUGAAAAAAUGAUGAUACCAUGGAAUCUUACAGAGCUGUUAAAAAGAAUGCAAUAGAUCUGCAUACGCUGAAGGAGAACAGUGUCCACAAUAUACUGUUAAAUGAAAGAAGCAACUUGUAGAAUACUAGACAGGUCCUCAAGGGACUGCGUCUUCCUCAGCAUACUCCCAGCACUCAGCACAGGGCCCAACAUGCAGCAGACCCAAAAUGAGCUCAUGGAGUUCUGUGUUCUAAGAUCCUGUAGUUCUCUGCAGUUUGACAGAACACUCUGAAGCCAAGGCCCUACUCAUCUACAAAGCCUCCAGCUGCCACCAGUCAUUGGAUUUUGAUGCUUUAUCAUUGGGGGCGUAUAAGUGAUUGUUGUAUCUUUUUAAGUUUUGUUUUGUGUUUUUGUCUGGUAUUAAUACUACUUUGGUUUUUUGUUUGUUUUUGUUACUAGUACACCCACUCCUCACUUACCUACAUUGUUAGGUUCCAAAGAACAGGUAAUUAUGCAAAAACCAGUGUUAUGCAAAAAUGGAGGAUGACCACAUCAGAGCACAAAAUGGAGGGUGACCGCAUAAUUACGCAACUGCCAAAUUAUAUCAUUACGUAACUGCCAAACCACUGAGAAUCUUGGCCCAGCCAAGUUGACACAUAACAACCGUCACACCCAUUGUUACUCUUGCUUCACACCUCAGCAUUCAUUACUGCCAGAUGUACAUCGUUAGCGCUCCAAAUAGUAAGUUUUUUUCACUAUUGUUGUAAAUGUGAAAUGUUGGAUAACAAGAUAGUUGAUAAGUGAGGAGUAGGUGUAUUUGCUGGGCAAUCUCUUUCCAUCGCUUCAUUUCCAACCUUUCUGUGUAAUUUUGUUUUGUCUCUGUAAGUCAGCAUCUAGCUAAAUCUUUUUAGAUCCAGCCUAAUUGUCUGUUGGCUUAAUCCAUUCAUGUAUAUGGUGAUUAAUGAUGUAUUAGUAUUUUGACUUACUUCUCCCAUCUUGUGUUUUCAUUUUAUGUUUACUAUCCUUUUUCUUCUUUUUUCCUCCUUUCCUUGUCUCCUGUUAGAGAUAUAAAAGUUUGUUAUUUUCCUACUUUAUCCUUCUGAUUUGGAAACUAUGAAUUGUAUUUUUAUUUUUGUAGUAGUUACCCUUAAAUUUUAACAUACUUAACUGUAAUUUUUUUCUAAGGAAGUAUAAGUAUCUUAUAUAUACAAAUUCCCCAAGAAAACAAUGAUUAUAUCACUUUUUAUUCAUUGAACAACCCGCUCCACCUUCUUCCUUUUUACUGUUGUCUAGAAUUUAAUUUUUUUUAAGUUUAAAAAAAUUUUUUUUUCACAUUCUAUUGUUAAUUGAAUUGACCAGCAUAUCAAUUCUUAUGCCUACCAUUAUUCCUUGCAUCCUGUUUUUCUCUCUGAUUUACAUUUCUUCUUGCCAAAGCACAUCCUUCAGUGGUUCUUUCAGUGAAGGAAGUGCCAUCCUGCUGGAACUUUGGUUUACGUAUGUAUAUGUUGUGUGUGGGUUUGAUUGUUUUAAGAAAAUGAAAUGACGUGUUAAAACUAAUCACAUUAAAAAUUCUAACACCCCAGGAGCAUGUACUGGUAUAACUCAACUAGAAGUCUGACAAAUUUACUGCUGAUUCAGCCCUGACUGAGGAGACCCCUCAUUUUUCGUUCUUGGGCUUCCUGCCUACAUCACCUAAGAAAUUGUUACUAAUAGUGAGCAGAUCCUAGGGGUAAAAUAGGUGUAGUAAUAUUCAUCUAAGGAGCCCUGGUGAGAAACAGUGGUUGAGCACCCGGCUGCUAAGUGAAAGAUUGGCGGUUUGAACCCACCAGCUGCUUCACAGGAGAAAGAUGUAGUCUGCUUCUGUAAAGAUUACAGCUUUAGAAACCCUUUGGGACAGUUCUGCUCUGACCUGUAGGGUCGCUAUGAGUCGGAAUCGACUCGACGGCAGCAGGUUUGGCUUUUUUUUUUUUUUUAAUAUCCAUCUGGGGUAAUAACACUGCUCAGUUUCUGAAUGUUCCAGGUAUCUCUGCCAACAAGCCUUUAUUCUAGAAAGGAGCUGAGGAUCCUUGAGUCCCAGGUGAAAGGGCCAGGAAUGUCUUGACUUUAGCCCUAAACCCUUGUUAGAUGUCCUACUUGUAUAAAUUGCGCCUUAUUUGUUCCUGCAGAUAACUUAGCUCUCUGUGCCGUGGGUUUUUCACCUGUAAAAUGGGAACGAAAUUAUCAACCUUGCAGGGUUACUGUGAAGUUCAAUAAUAUAGAUAAACCAUCUCGUUUAAUGCCCAGCACACAGAAGGCAUUUAAUGAAUGUAGUGGUUAUUAAAGCCCCUAGCACUUCAGAGACACUCAUGGAACACUUGCUGAAUGAAUGAAGAAGCCUGUCAUAAAUGGCUACACGGAGGAGAUAGGUCUCAAAUGAUAGAUAAGAUCUGGGCAGACAUUAAUAGAGGAGGAAAGCAUUCUGUAUGGGAGGAACAGGGUGAGCAAAGAAAAAGAAUCCCGUCUGUCCACUGCAGCCCUGCUCGGGCAAGUGGAGGGGACAGUCUGGCUAGAACAGAGGUUGGGGGCUGGGCCUCAGGGAGAUCAGGCAGGUCAGAAGGUAAACCAGGCUGAGUGUGGAUAAGGACCACUGUGUCUGCCUGGCCAGAUGGCUAUUUUGUAGGCCCGCUUGCUCUGCUGACCACUUGCCCGUGGUUCCCCUUCCUGGCCACAGCCUCUCAUUCUUGAUUGGCAGAAGCUGGCCUUUCCCAUUGUGGCCUGGUAGCCGGGCAAGCUGAAGGCUUAAAAGAGGAAGCAUCAGGAUGAGAUUGGUUUUCAACCAAUAUCUUAUUAAGGAAGUUGAGUCAUUACGCUUCUGCAGUUUGUCCCUCUGGGCAUUCAGAGAAGGACAAGUUUCUACUUCCAGAUGAAAUAAUCAUGAGAGGGGUUUGCCCUGGUCUGCCCUGGCCCCUCAGUGGACAUUCUCAAGAGAAGAAAUGGUCACUGUGGCACUAUAAAAUGAAGAUUUUUAUUUUCCUUUUAUAUGUGGGAGAACCAAGGCUCAAGAUGUUGAAUGCCUUAGGUAAGGCUCAAGGCGCUUUGACUAUAUGAUGCCAAAACAGAGAAGUCCCUUUGUCUCGUGAUGGCAUCUGCUAGCUUGGUAAGGACAAGGGAAUGAACAUUCAUUUAACAUCUUCUGUUGGCCAGGCAAACUGAUUGGCAUUGCAUAUACUUUAGCCCAUUGAGUCCUCGAAACAAUUCUAAAGAACAAAGAACAGAAACUUAGAGAAGUUACCUGCUCAGGUUUAGCCUGCAGACUCAGAAGGCAGCAGCCUGGUUCAACCCCAUCUCCACAGCUUGUAACUGUGGAACUUUUAUAGCAGCCUGUUUAACUUCUCUAAGCCUCAGCUUUCACAUGUGAAAAUGAGAUUAGUAACAGUAGGUGCUUAACAAACAGUGAUAAUUAUUGUUUCGAGUUGGAGUCAUCUGGCCCUAAAAUAAUCCUGACAAGUCUUUAUGUUUUUGGAACUAGAAGGAACCGCAAAAGACCUGCUAGGCCACUUGGUUCUCAAAUGAUCUUCCUCAAAGACCAGGACUCCACAGAGGUCCUUGGUGGACAAAGGGAAGCUAAGCACGUGGGGCACUUCCCACCCUCUCUUACCCAGAGCAGCUGUUUGUCAUGGUGAGCGUGAGCCUGGGAGAUGGCAGUGAUGGAAAUGGCCUGUCCAGGCACCCCUGGCUCAGCAGUUGGGCAGCAGAAGGAGCUCGCCAAAGCCAAGGAGAAGGCACAGACAUUGGGGAAGAAUCAAAGCUCCGUGUGCAAGCUUGAGGCCUCAGAGAAGAGCCCCGUGUUCUGCGGGAAAUGGGAUAUCCUGAAUGAUGUGAUUACCAAAGGCACAGCCAAGGAAGGCUCCGAAGGAGGGCUGGCCGCCAUUUCCAUCAUUGCCCAGGCUGAAUGUGAGAAUAGCCAAGAGUUCAGUCCCACCUUUUCAGAACGAAUUUUCAUCGCUGGGUCGAAACAGUACAGCCAGUCUGAUAGUCUUGAUCAAAUCCCCAACAAUGUGGCCCAUGCAACUGAGGGCAAAAUGGCCCCUGUAUGUUGGAAGGGAAAGCGUCGCGGCAAAGCCCGGAAGAAACGGAAGAAGAAGAGCUCAAAGGGCCUGGCUCAGGCGGGAGUGGCCUUAACCAAACCUCUCCCCAGGACCCCCGAGCAGGAGAGCUGCACAGUCCCAGUGCAGGAGGAUGAGUCUCCGCUAGGCUCUUCAUAUGUUAGAAACACACACCAGUUCAUCAAGCCUCUGCAGGAGCCCAGCCUUGGUCAACUAUGUUUUAAGAAACUCGGGGAGGGCCUACGGCCAGCACUUCCUCGAACAGAAUUUCACAAGCUGAUCAGCCCCCUGCAAUGUCUGAACCAUGUGUGGAAACUCCACCACCCCCAAGAUGUGGGCCCCCUGCCCCAGCCCACUCACCCCUUCCCCUACAGCAGACUGCCCCAUCCCUUCCCAUUCCACCCUCUCCAGCCCUGGAACCCUCACCCCCUGGAGUCCUUCCUGAGCAAACUGGCAUGUGCAGACAGCCAGCACCCCCUGCCUGGCCCACACCUGGGCAAGCUGGCACAUAUAGACAGUCAGAAGCCCCUACCUGGCCCACACUGGGAGCCCAGCUGCCCAUCACGUGGACCCUGUGAGAAGUUCUCUGUGGAGGAAUACCUGGUGCAUGCUCUCCAGGGCAGUGUGAGCUCAGGCCAGGCCCACAGCCUGGCCAGCCUGGCCAAAACCUGGUCGGCAACAGGCCCCAGGCUGCGGGGACCCAGCCCCGAAACUGAGGACAGCGAGGGAGUCCUGCUUAAUGAGAAACUCAAGCCAGUGGAUUAUGAGUACCGAGAGGAGAUCCACUGGGCCACACACCAGCCCCGCCUGGGCAGAGGCUCCUUUGGAGAAGUACACAGGAUGGAGGACAAGCAGACUGGCUUCCAGUGUGCCGUCAAAAAGGUGCGAAUUGAAGUGUUUCGGGCAGAGGAGUUGGUGGCAUGUGCAGGAUUGACCUCGCCCAGAAUUGUCCCUUUGUAUGGUGCUGUGAAGGAAGGUCCUUGGGUCAGCAUCUUCAUGGAACUGCUGGAAGGUGGCUCUCUAGGCCAGCUCGUAAAGCAGGAGGGAUGUCUGCCGGAGGACCGGGCCCUGUACUACCUGGGCCAGGCCUUAGAGGGGCUGGAAUACCUACACACACGAAGGAUUCUGCAUGGAGAUGUCAAAGCUGACAAUGUGCUCCUGUCCAGCGAUGGGAGCCGCGCAGCCCUCUGCGACUUUGGCCAUGCUGUGUGCCUUCAACCUGAUGGCCUGGGGAAGUCCUUGCUCACAGGGGACUACAUCCCCGGCACUGAGACCCACAUGGCUCCAGAGGUGGUGACAGGCAAGCCCUGUGACGCCAAGGUGGACGUCUGGAGCAGCUGCUGCAUGAUGCUGCACAUGCUCAAUGGCUGCCACCCGUGGACUCAGUACUUCCGAGGGCCACUCUGCCUCAAGAUUGCCAGUGAGCCCCCACCUGUGAGGGAGAUCCCACCUUCCUGUGCACCUCUCACUGCCCAGGCCAUCCAAGAGGGGCUGAGAAAGGAGCCCAUCCACAGAGCGUCCGCGGUGGAGCUGGGGGUCAAGGUCAGCCUGGCACUGCAGCAAGUGGGAGGUCUGAAGAGCCCUUGGAGGGGAGAAUAUAAAGAACCAAGACAUCUGCCACCAAACCAAGCAAACUAUCACCAGGCCCUACACACCCAGCCAAGGGAGCUCUCUCUAGGGACCCCAGGACCCCAGCCAGCUGAGAGCACAGCAGACGGGGCUCCUAAGCUCCAGCCUCCUUUACCACCAGAACCCCCAGAGCGGAACAAGUCUCCAACCCUGAACUUGAGCAAGGAGGAGUCUGGGACAUGGGAACCUUUGCCUCUGUCCUCCCUGGACCCAGCCCCUGCCAAAAGCCCAAGCUCACCGGAGCGCAGAGCAACCUUCCCCGAGCAAGAACUGCAGCAGCUGGAAAUAGAAUUAUUUCUGAACAGCCUGUCCCAGCCAUUCUCUCUGGAGGAGCAGGAACAGAUCCUGUCGUGCCUCAGCAUCGACAGCCUCUCCCUGUCAGAGGACAGUGAGAAGAACCCAUCAAAGGCCUCUCAGAGCUCACGGGACACCCUGAGUUCCGGCGUGCACUCGUGGAGCAGCCAGGCAGAGGCUCGCAGCUCCAGUUGGAACAUGGUGCUGGCCCGGGGCCGGCCCACAGACACACCAAGCUAUUUCAAUGGUGUGAAAGUCCAAAUACAGUCCCUCAAUGGCGAACAUCUGCAUAUCCGGGAGUUCCACCGUGUCAAGGUGGGAGACAUCGCAACUGGCAUCAGCAGUCAGAUCCCGGCUACAGCCUUCAGCUUGGUGACCAAGGAUGGGCAGCCCGUGCGCUAUGACAUGGAAGUGCCAGACUCAGGCAUCGAUCUGCAGUGCACCCUGGCCCCUGAUGGCAACUUCACCUGGAGCUGGAGAGUCAAGCACGGCCAACUGGAGAACAGGCCCUAGCCGUGCCCUUCCACCACCAGCUCUGCUCUGCCGAAACAGCCUUCCUUCAUGGUGGCUAGAUACUGCCCUUGAGACACAGGCUCAGCCUACUCCCAGGGACCUUCUGUCCCCUGGGUCAGCGGUGGGACCAGGGGCUGGCAGCAGCAAAGCAGGACUAGCAAACACCACCCAGGAUUUCCCACCUGAGUCCUGCCUGAGCCUGCCAAGAGAACACUGCCCACGUGAGGAAGAGGAGGAAAGCAUGAGGCCUCUUCACUCCAGGAGUAAAGAGGGUCUUCUCUACCCUCAGCCCUAACAAGCUAGCCUGGCAUGUUUGGAUCAGUGAGCACUUGCUGGCAGUCAGGGGAGAGUAGCUUCUGGCCUUGGUCGGGGGGUAGGUGAGCCCCUUUUGUCCUCAGCCUUCGGGCAGGUGUGAGGGUGUCAGUGUCUGAGAUCCCACACCCAGGUCCAGUACAGGCCCUUGGGUUAAUGGUUGAGGGGGCCUCUGUCCCUUCACCUGGCCUUUCCUGGCCGUCUAACCCACUCUUAGAUCUAGAACUGUUCAGAUGAAGUCAGGAAGGAAGGAAUUCCUGGGAGCUUCCACCACACUUCAGGUUGUUGCAGCACAGGUCCAGUUGUUGAACUUGGGUUCAACCAAGAACCAAAGAAGGUAUUUAAGUGGAUGGUUCUUGGUCCCCAAGCACGUGCCCUUUGCUGCUGGCCAGCACUUUGCCCAGAACAACAGACCAUUCUGGCAUCCAGAGCCCCCACGGCAGACCAGCACUGCCCCUGACUAGCUGCACACAGUUCCCUCAUCUGUAAAAAUGAAGGGUGGACACGAGACCCACUUGACCGGAAUGGUCUGAGGAUGGGGCAUGAUAGAUGCAAAAGAAAGCAGCAGACAGUGGCACCAUUGUUGCCGGGGUCACGGCUUUGACACCCAGUACGCCAUCUUCCCCAAGGAUGUGGCCAGGGCCUCACACUCGCACUGACCCUGCCCUGCCCCUGCCCACAGGGGCACUGCCAGCUGCACUUUGCACUCUGAUAACCUCAAAGCACUUUCAUGGCCGCCCUCCAGGAGGGCAGGUCAGUGGCUCUGCUUGAGCACAGGUAAUGACGUGGCCCCCAGUGGGCCAGGUGACAGGGUGAAGGGACUCAAGUCUUGACCUGUCUACACUCAUGUGACUCGUAAAACUUCUUCCAGAUUUCUCUAAGAUGAGCUCCCCUCCCCACUGUCCCAGCCCAGGGGUGUUGAUCAGGACGCAUGUAGCAUUAAUCAACUGUGAAUCAUUGUGGUUAAGGGGCCUGCUAGCCCCAGCCUUCUGGGGUCAUGGGGGGUCCCUUGAAACACCUCCUUGGGGAAUAGCACCUUAUCAAGUUUCAGAAAGCUUGUCCCGACUCUUGCCAAGGUGAUGUUUGUCCAGUCAUUCACAUGGAGCCAUACUGUUACCCAAGGAGAGACCCCCAACCCCCAACACAUGAAGAACUGCAGCCUUGGUACUGCAGAGUCUAGGUUGUAGACUGUAAGCAAUAAAUUUUCAGAGGACGACAA